AUGGAUGAAUACAUCAUGCUGAAGUAUAUCCAAGAUCCAAGUGAUAAAAUUACAAAGCUCUUAGACAUAAUUCUUGACAAGGGCUAUUCGUCCUGCCUUGCUUUUUUGGACUUGUUGAAAGAAGACAGUGUGAAUGAGUCCAGCCCAGAGCUCAGGGAGUGGAGAGCAGCAGUGAACAGCUCAGUUCAGGCAGCUUCUAGCACAACUCAGCCUGGAGGCGCCACUAACACUUCUAUUCUCAAUGAAGAUGCACAUAGAAAAGUUGAAAGUGAAAAACUUAAACAGGACAUCAGAAAGCGAUGUGAAACAUUAUAUGAAGGGACAGCAGCAAAGGGGAGACACAACUUCCUUAAUGAGAUUUACACAGAGCUCUAUGUAGUUAAGGACCGGGCACUGAGCAUGGACCAUGAAGUGAUUCAGAUUGAAGCCGGAUCUUUGAGACAUGCUACCCCAGACACUCCAAUCAAGUUCAGUGAUGUUUUUAGUGGCAACUGUAAUGCUAAAAAAGUGCUCACAUUGGGAAUAGCAGGGAUUGGGAAAACAGUCUCUGCUCAGAAAUUUGCUCUAGAUUGGGCUGAAGGAAAAGGCAAUGCAGAUUUAGAUUUUGUUUUUAUUAUUCCUUUCCGUGAGCUGAAUCUUCUACAAGAUAAACCAUAUAGCCUCCAUGGACUUCUUCUUUGCCUUUACCCAAAACUCAAAAAUUUAAAAGAAACUGGCCUUUUUGAUGAUAAAUGUAAGUGUGUUUUCAUUUUUGAUGGACUGGAUGAAAUAAGAAAGCCUGAAAGUCAAAAAUUGAAUUUUGAACAGAAUAAAAUGUCAGCUACAACAGAGAAGGCAGCAGUUCAUGUACUAAUAACAAACCUCAUCACAGGAGCUUUGCUUCCAUCUGCUGUCAUCUGGAUCACCUCCAGGCCUGCAGCAGCAGAGCAGAUCCCCUUAAAACACAUCCACCUAGUAACAGAAGUACGAGGAUUCGUCACUGACCAACAGAAGGAGAAGUACUUUAGGAACAGAAUCAGUGAUAAGGAUCAAGCUAGCAUAAUCAUCUCACACAUUAAACAGUCAAAGACGCUCUACAACAUGUGCUACAUACCGGUCUUCAGUUGGAUCACAUGCUUUGUAUUUCAACAAACACUGGAACGAUGUAACGAGGCAGAGGUCCCUAAAACCUUAACUGAAAUGUAUACUCACUUUCUUACCAUUCUGAUGGACAUGAGGAGUAAAAAAUGCAACAGUCAUCAGAAAGACACAGAGAAACUGCUGGAAUCCAGCAGAACCAUGAUUCUGAAACUGGGUGAACUAGCUUUCAAGCAGCUGAUGAAGGGCAAUGUGAUGUUCCAUGAAAAGGACCUCAGAGAAUGUGGCAUUGAUGUCGCUGAGGCCUCAGAAUAUUCUGGGAUUUGCAAUGAGAUCUUUAAGGAAGAAUCUCUGUUUUACCAGAGGAAGGUCUACUGCUUUGUUCAUUUGACCUUUCAGGAGUUCUUGGCUGCUCUCUAUGUGUUUUACUGUUACAUGAGCAAGAACAUGAAGGUACUGAAGUUCUUUACACCAAGGUACAGAGCGUGGUCUGAGAAUGGUACACUGCAUGAGCUGCUGAAAGGAGCAGUGGAUAAAACCUUAGAGUGUCCAAAUGGACACCUGGAUCUUUUCCUCCGUUUCCUGCUGGGCAGCUCACUGGAGUCCAAUCAGAGACUCCUACAAGGCCUACUGACACACAUACAGAGCAGCUCAAGCAGUAUCAACAAGGCAGUCGAAUACAUCAGAAAACAAAUAGAGUCAGGGCGCUUCACAACUGAAAAAUCCAUCAGUCUUUUCCUCUGUCUGUCAGAAGUGAAUGACCAGUCUCUCUCCACAGAGAUUCAGGAGUAUCUAAAAUCAGAGAAACACUCCAAAGAGAAGCUCUCCCCUGGACAGUGUUCAGCCCUAGCAUGCAUGCUUUUAAUCACAGAGGAGGUGAUGGAUGAGUUGGACCUGAAGAGAUACAACACAUCAAGUGAGGGUUACAGGAGACUGAUCCCAGCUGUGACAAACUGCAGAAAGGCUCGACUAUCUCACUGUAAUCUCAACAUGGACUCCUGUGAAUCUCUCUGCUUUACUCUGAAAUCAGUAAACUCCCCCCUGAGAGAACUGGACCUCAGUAGCAAUGACCUGCGUGACUCAGGAGUGGAGCAGCUCUCUGUCGGACUGAAGAGUUCACUGUGUAAACUGGAGAUAUUAAGAUUGUCUGGUUGUAUGGUUACAGAUGAAGGCUGUUUUUCUCUGGCUUCAGGUCUGAAAUCAAACCCCUAUCACCUAAGAGAGCUGGAUCUGACCUAUAAUCACCCAGGAGACUCUGGAGUGAACCUUCUCUUUGAACUACUGGAGAAUCCACGCUCUAGAUUGGAGACACUUAGGGUGGAACAUGGAGGGAACAUAAGGAUGACACCAGGAUUAAAAAAAUAUGCCUGUGAGCUCACACUAGACCCCAACACAGCACACAAACGCCUCUGUCUGUCUAACGAGAACAGAAAGGUGAA